AUGGUAAGUUUUGAGAAAAUUGCUGAAAAUUUAAGAGUCUUAUGUGAUCGUUUUGAAGUUAAACAAGUACCCUCGUAUGCUGGAAUGUUGCAAGUGUCAUUGCCUUUGUUUUAUGGUUGUCAUAGAGAAUAUGAUACUUGGGAAAAGAGCAUAGAGAAUUUGUUUGUGUUGCUUAACAUAGAGAAAGAGAGUGAGAAAAUAGCCUUAGCUAUAGGUUGUUUUCGUUCUAAUGCUUUGAAUUGGUGGAAGCUAGUUUCAAAUAUCUAUUCGCAUUAUUGGUAUCGUAAUUUGGAUGAUUGGAAUGAUUUGAGAAGUGCUUUGCGAGAAAGAUAUGCUGGUACUAACACCUUUGAUGAAGCAAAAGUGAAGUUGCUCAAUUGUAAGCAUAAUGGUAGAUCCAUUCAAUCUUACUUUGAGGAAUUAGAAGGGUUGUUUCUGAGUUCAGAAGUGGAUGAGAACGACUACAUGUUGACAGACCGUUUCCAUUAUGGCUUGGACAAGUGUUUCAAACAACAUCCAAAGAUAAGGAGACAAUCAAGGCUCUAUGAGGCAUACUAUGCUGCCUUAGAAGUGGAAAGAGAGCAUGAUACUUCUUGUGGUUGGAAUGGACCAAUUGAGGAUCAGGGGUUGGUGUUUGGCGCUGAAGAUAGAGAUCAACGGACUUGUAUAGAGGUUGAUGAUUCGAGGACGAAUCCUCUUAAAGAAGGAGGGGAUGAUGAGAAUCAUGUAACCUUCCAUGGAGGUUCUCCUAGUGAGGGGAAUGAGCUUGUCCUUCAUUCUAGUUUUGGAAUGCCAAGUUUACUUUGCAGGCCAAUCAAGGAAGAAAGGAUGGAUCUUGACAACCUAUGUGAUAGGGAGUUGGUUCAAGAGAGCUAUGAUCAAGGUGAUGGGAAUGUCAUUAACUUUGGGGUUCAAACCAAAGGAGAUGAAGACCUCAUGGAAAUAAGUGCUGAAGAGUAUCAAGAGAGUUUGACUCUGUGUGCUCCAUGA